AUGGCCGAAGAGGAACACGUGAAUAAAUUGGAAGUUUUAAAGCGAAUGGUGAAUGCUGGUGUAAAAUUGAAAAGGAGUAAGUGUGUUUAUCAGGCAUUGGGAGUAACUUAUUUAGGACAUAAAAUAAAUGCUGAAGGACUGAACCCCUCUGAUGAGAACGUUCUGGUUAUUAUGGAUGCGCCCAUUCCUUACAAUGUCACUGAAUUGAAAUCUUAUUUAGGACUCAUAAAUUUUUAUGGAAAAUUUAUUCCAAACCUCUCUAAAGUGUUGUCGCCAUUAUACAGGCUCUUACAGAAGGAUGUCAAGUGGCAAUGGGGCCCAAGUCAGCAGCAAGCUCUGGCGGAAUCCAAGCGAGGUUCCCAGGGGGGCCGUAGUGUGUUUGAUGGAGCGCCUGGACAAAUCCCCAGUUACUGUGAGAGACCUAAGAUGUGGACGGAGAGGGACCCGACACUCUCCAAGGCGCCCCUUCAUCCCUGGGAGCGGCCACAGCAGCCAUGGUCUAUGAUACACUUGGACUAUGCAGGACCAUUCAUGGGUAAAAUGUUUCUAGUUAUUAUAGAUGCUCACUCAAAACGGAUGUAUUUACAUCCAACAAAUUUUGCAACUUCAUAUAGCGCUAUUGAGGAACUGAAGAAUACUUUUGCUUCACAAGGUCUUCCAGACACAGUGAUGACAGACAUUGGUACUAAUUUUUGUAGUAUGGAAUUUGAAGAAUUUAUGAAACAGAUUGGAAUAGCUCAUAUUAAGACGUCGCCAUACCAUCCAGCUUCUAAUAGUUUAGCCUAA